AUGGGACUGCUUCAGUUUAUAAAGGACUAUUUUAUUGGAUUCUUGGACUAUGAGACCCCCAAGGUAAUGGUGGUUAAAAACAAAAAACUUGGAGUCAUAUAUAGAGGGGUUCAGUUUCUUGUGAUCACCUAUUUCAUCUGGUAUGUCUUUAUCAGUCAGAAAGCCUAUCAGGACAGUGAGACGAGGCCAGAGAACUCAGUCUACACUAAGAUGAAAGGCACAGCACUGCAGGGGGACCACGUUCUGGACAUGGUAGAAUACGUCCGACCCUCAGAGGGCGGUGACGUGAUCAGCACAAUACUGAGACGAGUGGUCACACACAACCAGAGGCAAGGCACGUGUGCUGAGCAUUUUACCGUUCCCAAUGCCAACUGCUCAAAGGACUCGGACUGCAUCUCAGGAAAAGUGGACUUUGAUGGCAAUGGACAGAGAACUGGGCGCUGUGUUCCUUACUAUAACCAGACCUUCAAGACCUGUGAGAUUCAGACUUGGUGUCCUAUUGAGGACUAUGCGGCAAUACGGGAGCCGGCAUUAGCAGAGGCCAUCAAUUUCACUGUUUACAUCAAGAAUGCCAUCCAUUUCCCCAAAUUUAAAGUGUUUAGAGGAAACAUCAAACCAAACAAACGAAAUGGGCAGAAAUAUCUGAAUAAGUGUCAUUACAAUGAGGAGAAACACCCCUACUGCCCCAUCUUCCGGCUGGGUUACAUCGCAGAACAGGCCAGGGAGAAGUUCAGCGAGCUUUGCAGGACUGGGGGAGUGAUUGGAGUCUUCAUUAACUGGAAGUGUGAUCUUGACCUGGACCCCUCGGAGUGUAAACCCACAUACUCAUUCCGUCGCCUGGACCUUCGGAAGAACCUGCCCAGCUCUGGUUACAACUUCAGAUUUGCCAAGUAUUACAGCAAAGAUGGAGAAGAGUUCCGGACACUUAUCAAGGCCUUUGGGAUUCGUCUUGAUGUAAUAGUUCACGGAAAUGCUGGACAAUUCAGCAUAAUCCCAACUAUCAUCAACACAGUGACAGCCAUGACAUCAGUUGGAAUAUGUUCCAUUAUCUGUGACUGGAUCAUGCUCACUUUCAUUGACAAGAACGCUAUCUACAGUGGCAGAAAGUUUGAUGAUGACAGUAAAGUUCCCAAACCCAGCCAGACCUUCACACUUCCCACAGAAUUCACCAUCAUCAGCUAUGGCUCCACCCACUCAGACCUGUCGGAGGGAGUGGCCCUGUGACAUCCCAUCCCCACAGUGCCCUCUGGCCACAUCAGUCUUUGGCCACAUGCAUGGAUGAUGUUCUUCCUCAGACACCUGACUGCUGAUCAGAUGGAUGGGACAGACAGACGACCUUUCCCCCCAAGCAGUUUCAGAUGUCCUCAGAGAGACCUCCUUGAUGGGUCAACUUCUGUCCCUGCGGGAU